AUGGCCCAAGGCGAGAUCAAGAAGAAGGCCGCGCCGGCUUCCACGAAAGCAAAGCCCAUGAAGGGCCAGAAAGUCAAGAAGCCCAAGUCAACCAAGGCCGACAAGCUGCAGAAGAAGUACACUUCAGGCAUGGUCACCAAAACAGAAGCGCUGCUGGGCGAGCGCGCUGGACACUUGGAAUUGAUUGGAAAAGAAGACGCCGCAGGACGAAUCACGAAAUACUCGCAAGGACACGCGAUGAUGAAGUCGCUGGGCACCAACGGGUCGGCCUCUGAAUUCGCGCAGGAUGUCAUGACAGGGAAAGGGAAGAACAGAAUCCAGACGUUUGAGGAGUGGUAUCAGUGCCGGCAGCCUGAAAUCAUCACCAUGUUGCAGGAGUAUCAAUAUGGCUACUAUCCUGACCAUUCUCAGGAAACCGUCACGGCCACCCGGUCUGGGAACACCGUCAGCAUUUCUGUCACUGCAAGUGGCAAGACUGGGAAGUUCUCGGCGACGGUGAAACUGCCUACAGGGGCCAGCAAGUCAGCUCCAGCACCUGUAGUCAUCAAUAUCGGCGGAAUGCAGGAUCAGCCUUACUUGCAGGCUGGUAUCGCUGUUGUGGGAUUUGACUACACAAGUGUGGCGGCAGAUAGCAACAGCAAGACCGGCGCGUUCUGGAGCAUCUACAACGGAAGGGACAUCGGUGAGCACGCCCUUGCCAUGACCAUUCGAACACUCGAUGGCCUGAACCUCACUGUCCCGGAGAUCGACCCGACGCGUGUCGGCGUAACCGGUUGCUCCCGCCUCGGCAAGGGGGCCUUAGCCGCCGGCCUCCUUGAUAAGCGUAUCACGCUGACGAUGCCUAUGUCCUCGGGCGUGCAGGGGCUCGGCCCGUAUCGCUAUCACGGUAUGAGCGGGCAGGACGAGACGCUCGAGAACAGCAAGCAGGGAGCGCCGUGGUGGAGCAACAACGCUCUGGGAACAUUUGUCAACCACGCCGAGUGGCUGCCGUACGAGGCCCAUACCAUUGCUGCCGCGAUCGCGCCGCGGGCCCUGGUGAUCGACCAGGGGACAGGCGACCAGUUCACCAACUCCAAAGGGACGGCGGUGGUCGUGUAUCCUGCUGCACAGGUGGUGUAUGACUGGCUCGGCGCAGGGGACAAAAUCGCGAUGAGUGUGCGGAGCGGUGGUCACUGUGACUUGUCGGGGUAUUCUGCUGUCCUGCAGUAUGCGCAGAAGAUCCUGCUGGGCAAGAACAUCACGCAGGAUUACAACAACCUCGGGUCAUAUGGCUCGCCUCUCACCACGACUUAUCCAUGGGCAACUGCCGUUCCCAAGGCACCAUGA